AUGGAAUCCCUCUGCUUUAUUGGAAACUUAUACUGUCCAAAUGAUAGCGCUGAAAGGGAGGCUUUCUUUCUAAGGGUGGAGGAAUUUUUAGCUUCUCUGAACUGUUCUUUUGUCCUGGGUGGUGACUUCAAUAGCACCCUUAACUCAGGAGAGCGGAGAGGUAUGCAAGACAUUAUUGACCCGGCUUUUCAGAACUUUGUGAUGGGACUGAAUUUGGCUGAUCUACCUCUAUCCAAUACUGAUUUCACUUGGUAUAGCUCACGGAAUGGGGGCAUUUGGUGUCGGCUAGACCGUUGGCUGAUUUCGAAAGAUUCCAUGGUCUUCUUCGAAGGGGUUUCACAGGCUGCAGAGAUUUGGGGCUUUUCUGAUCACAGGCCUGUCCUUCUUUCCCUGGGUACCUCCGACUUCGGUCCUAAACCGUUUCGUUUCUACAACAGCUGGUUGUUAGAUAAGGAAUUUCAGGAGCUCAUAGCUGAAUGGUGGAACUCUACCCUGGUUAAUGGGUGGGCUGGUUUUGUUCUACAACAAAAAUUGAAAUCUUUGAGGUCGUCCAUUAGAAAUUGGCCAGGGUAUUAUGCGGCAGGCUCUAGCACAAAGAUUAAAAAUCUUGAAGCUGAUCUCCAGAUUGUGAUGGAAGAUUUGGAGUCUGGCAAUGUUACUGUUGACAUCAGAACCAAACAGUUAGAGAUUUUGGGUGGGUUGUGGAAGGAGUACAAAAUUGAAGAAGCAAACUGGCGUCAAAAGUCAAGAGUGAAAUGGUUUAAGGAGGGGGAAAAAUUCUUCUUUCUUCCAUUCUAUCAGUCGUAUAAGACAAGCUAG